GAGCCAGGGUAUUGUUUCCUCAUAGAAGUCUUACUGCUGCUGUUGAGAAACCUGACUUGCGGGGAAUAAAAUAGUGGAAUUACUUCCCUCUUGUGUUACUUUCAAUUUAAGAAACAUAUUUCGUCGAUUCCCAUAAAUCGUCUUAAGUGUUUGUUGUUUAUGUGAGCUAAAGUUUGGUGAACUAUUUAAUAUUUUCGUGUCGACUGUGUGAUAGAUACUAAAACGUUAUUGCAGAAAAACGGUAUUUCCUUAAACACUAUCCGAAGCAGAUACAGCAAAUAUACGAAAAAUGAGCCGAUCCAACGGUAAUUACAAUCGGAAGAGGACAUAUAGUAGAACUGUUACAUUGCCCAAACCACUUGAAUCACCUUGCAUGGCGUGCAAUUUGCCGGACUCAGUAGACAACAUGAUUCGUUGCAAGAACUGUAGUACAUGGUGGCAUUGCGCUUGUGUUCGUGUGAAUAAAUCUGUGAAAAAGAAUUUAUGGAUGUGCUACAAAUGUACUUUCACACCUUCGGAAUCAGAAUCUGCAGGAACUUCCGAAGGAACUAGAAAGGUUGCAGCUAAACGUCCAAUGUCUAAACUAAACUCACAUGGAGCGACGGGCCUCAAAAACAUCAAUUUGGAGGAGAUAUGGGCUGACUUGGAAGGCGGAAUAAAGCAAGUCUAUAAACAAGAACAAAGUCUGAGAUCUGCCCGUUACAUGCAGCUUUACACACAUGUCUACAAUUACUGCACAAGUGUCCACCAACAACCAGCGAACAGGCAGAUGGCUUUGAAGGUUUCGAAAAAAGGCACACCUAUUCCUUCCGGUGGCGCACAACUCGUAGGACAGGAGUUAUACAAGCGAUUAAAGGAGUUUCUGGAGUGUUAUUUGAUUGCUUUACAAGAAAAUGGAAUAGAUCUAAUGGACGAGGAAGUGUUGAGCUUCUAUACGAAACGAUGGGAGGAGUAUCAGUUUUCGAGCAAAGUAUUGAACGGUGUUUGCGCGUACCUCAAUCGGCAUUGGGUGAAACGUGAGUGUGAAGAAGGACGAAAAGACGUAUACGAGAUUUACCAGCUUGCAUUAGUAACUUGGCGUGGAAAUCUUUUCAAACAUCUGAACAAGCAAGUCACGAAUGCUGUCCUGAAGCUUAUUGAGCGUGAACGAAACGGCGAAACAAUUAACUCGCGGUUGGUUUCGGGAGUCAUAAACUGUUAUGUCGAGCUAAGCUUGAAUGAAGAGGAUCCCAACGCUAAAGGCCAAAACCUUAGUGUUUACAAAGAAAGCUUCGAGAAUAUGUUCUUACAGGAUACGGAAAUGUUUUACACCAGAGAAAGUGCAGAAUUUCUGCGGGAGAAUCCCGUCACCGAGUACAUGAAGCGCGUCGAAUUACGUCUGAACGAGGAACAGAAGCGUGUGCAAGUUUAUUUACAUGAAAGCACACACGCUAAGCUGGCAAUGACUUGCGAAAGAGUUCUCAUUCAAAAACAUCUUGAACAAUUUCGCACCGAAUUCCAAAAUUUGCUCGACUCAGAUAAAAAUUCCGAUUUGCGUCGGAUGUACUCGCUAGUUGCAAGAAUUACAGAAGGUUUGAUAGAGCUGAAGGUCAUCCUGGAAAUGCACAUUCAUAAUCAAGGACUAGCUGCCAUUGCAAAAUGCGGCGAAGCCGCGUUGAAUGAUCCAAAAAUUUACGUCCAAACUAUUUUGGAGGUUCAUAAGAAGUACAACGCGCUAGUACUAACCUCGUUCAACAAUGAUAGCGGUUUUGUAGCGGCGUUAGACAAAGCGUGUGGUAAGUUCAUCAAUACGAACGCAGUGACAGAAGCAAGUAAAAGUGCUAGCAAAAGCCCAGAACUUUUGGCUAAGUACUGUGAUUUACUGCUGAAAAAAUCUAGCAAAAAUCCGGAAGAAGCCGAGUUAGAAGACACACUUAAUCAAGUGAUGGUCGUCUUCAAAUACAUUGAAGACAAGGAUGUAUUCCAGAAAUUCUACAGUAAGAUGUUGGCUAAACGUCUCUGCCAUCAUAUGUCUGCAAGCGAUGAUGCCGAAGCUUCUAUGAUUUCGAAACUCAAGCAAGCAUGUGGUUUCGAGUACACUAGUAAAUUGCAACGGAUGUUCCAGGAUAUCGGUGUAUCGAAGGACCUUAACGAACAAUACAGGCAACACGUGAAGGGCUUGCGUGAAGCAUCGCGGUCGACAAGCAAUGAGAUCGAUUUCAGCAUUCUUGUACUAUCGAGUGGUUCAUGGCCAUUCAAUCAGAGCUUCACUUUCUCCUUGCCGUUCGAGUUGGAACAAUCUGUUCAUCGAUUUAACAAUUUUUACGCUAAACAACAUUCCGGGCGAAAACUUAACUGGUUAUAUAAUAUGUGCCGCGGAGAACUUAUAACAAACUGCUUCCGACUGAGAUACACAUUGCAGGCCAGCACGUUCCAAAUGGCUGUCCUUUUACAAUUCAAUGAACAAACAACAUGGACUAUUCAACAGUUAGGCGAAAAUACAAGUAUUAACCACGAAAAUCUGAUACAAGUUCUGCAGAUUCUCCUGAAAACAAAACUGCUCUCAUGUUAUGACGAUGAAGCGAAUUUACAACCCACUUCUUCGGUUGAAUUAAAUUCAGGGUUCAAAAACAAAAAACUCCGCAUCAACAUUAAUUUCCCGCUCAAGACCGAGCUGAAGGUCGAACAGGAAGCAACCCAUAAACACAUAGAAGAAGAUCGAAAGAUUCUCAUACAGGCAGCGAUUGUGCGGAUUAUGAAGAUGCGCAAAGUUUUGAACCACACCCACCUUGUUGGAGAAGUACUGAAUCAACUUUCGACGAGAUUUAAGCCUAAAGUUCAGGUGAUCAAGAAAUGCAUUGAUAUUCUGAUAGAAAAGGAAUACCUCGAACGUCAGGAGGGACAGAAAGACACGUACAGUUAUCUAGCUUGAUCAGUUUUAGUUUUGUUUUGCAUAACCGUCUAAACAAAUCCUUGAUAAUAGAAACGAAUGUAAAAAUGCUACUGAAUCUGUUCAAAUGCCAGAAAAGCAAACAAUAUAUUAAAUGGAUUUGAGAAAAAAAUCAAAUAUUUUGUUCUUAUUAAAAAUUACCGUGAGCUCUCUGUAUAGCUUAAUUCUAUUGUGUUUGGAAAUUGUUUUUUAAAAAAUCGGUGUCGGUUAUGAGUUUUUCAGUUCAACGAGCAGUUCCGAAAAUUGAAAAGUGCAAAGUUUUAUCAUAUAAUAGGCAAUGUUAUAAUCAAUCGAGAAAUUCUAAUCAUUGAAUACAGAUCAUGGAUAGUGAAUGUGGAUAAAAUGAAAAUAUAAAGAUUAUUGAACUUGCACAUAAAAUGCUAACA